UUUUAUGGAGAGAUACAUUGCACAUUCACAAUCCCACCUCAAAUUCAUACUCAUUAUAUGAAUUUUUUGUCGCCCACUAUCACUGACAUUGACAUCUUCCACCCCUUUUCUUAUUUUUUUCAUUAAUCAAUUCUAUAUUCCAAAUAUAUAUACUCUUUUCAUUCCAUUUCUUCUUCCCACUUCACAAAUUUCUCUUCUUUCUUCUCUUUUUUCCCCUUUUCUCUAUUGGGGUUUUCUGCAAAUGCUCUUCUUCUUCUUCUUCUUCAUCAUCUUCUUUCUCAUAAUUCUCAUUUGCAUUUUCUUCGACCUCUUCUUUGUGGGAAGCUUCUCUUUUCUCUUCUUCUCCUUCGUUGCUCUGUUGCUGUCCCCAUGCCUGCCCUCGUCAAUUACGGCGGUGAUGAUGAAUAUUACCCUGGGGGUUCCUUUUACUCCAGCCCCAUGGAUUUGGAUGCCUUUCUACCAACUUCCUCUCAUGUCGAUCUGUAUUUUCGUCCUAGUAAGAGAGCUCGAAUCGGUGCGCCGGUUGUGUUUGGAGGAAGAGAAUUUGAGCAAGAGUGUACGCCAUCCAUUGAAGCUCUUCCCGAUGAAUGUCUCUUUGAGAUUUUCAGGCAUCUCCACAGUGCUAGAGAGAGGAGCUCUUGUGCCGGUGUCUCGAAACGGUGGCUUAUGCUUUUGAGUACUAUUCGUAAGGCUGAAAUUUGCAAGAGCAGAAGCACAUGUAUCAGUCAGACGGUUGAGUGCUCAAAUGUUGAGCAGCAGAAGACGAUUUCGGUAGUGAACUGUGAUGAAGAUCAAGAGGAUGAAAGUAAUGGUUUUCUUACAAGAUGUUUGGAAGGCAAGAAAGCUACUGAUGUUAGACUUGCUGCUAUUGCAGUAGGAACUAGUGGACGUGGGGGAUUGGGUAAACUUUCAAUUCGAGGAAGUAACUCUACUCGUGGAGUUACCAACCUUGGUCUUUCGGCCAUUGCCCAUGGUUGCCCUUCUCUUCGGAUGCUUUCUCUGUGGAAUGUACCAUCAGUUGGGGAUGAAGGAUUAUUCGAAAUAGCUAGAGAAUGUCAUUUGCUAGAGAAGCUUGACCUCUGCCACUGCCCUUCAAUCUCAGACAAAGGUUUGAUUGCAAUUGCGGAACAAUGCACUAACUUGACCUCUUUAAGCAUUGAAUCUUGUCCAAAGAUUGGCAAUGAGGGUUUGCAAGCAAUUGGAAAAUUAUGUUCUAAACUGCAGACCAUCUCUAUCAGAGAUUGCCCUCGUGUCGGGGAUCAAGGUGUUUCAAGCCUAUUUGCUUCAUCUUCUUGUGCUAUAAUGAAAGUAAAGAUCCAAGCAUUGAACAUAACAGAUUUCUCUCUCGCUGUGAUUGGACAUUAUGGCCAGGCCAUAACACACCUAACCCUCAGUGGUCUUCAGAAUGUUAGUGAGAAGGGAUUUUGGGUCAUGGGCAGUGCUCAGGGCUUGAAGAAAUUGACGAUGAUGACGAUUGCUUCUUGUCGAGGGAUGACCGAUGUGAGUCUUGAAGCAAUGGGAAAGGGAAUUGCAAACCUGAAGCAGAUGUGCAUUCAGAAAUGUUGUUUUGUUUCAGACAAUGGAUUGAUAGCUUUUGCCAAAGCUGCAGGAUCACUUGAGAUGUUGCAAUUAGAAGAGUGCAACAGAAUCACCUUGUUGGGUAUUGGCGGUGCCCUCUCGAACCAUAUUCGGAACUUGAAGUCUCUUACUGUGGUGAAGUGCUUGGGGAUCAAGGAUAUUGCUCAAGAAGUAACAUUGCCCUCUCUUUGCACCUCCCUUAGAUCCUUAUCUGUCCAAAACUGCCCUGGCUUUGGCAGUGCCAGUCUCUCAAUGGUUGGGAAGUUAUGCCCUCAACUUCAACACGUUGAGUUGAUCGGCCUUUACGGUAUUACAGAUGCCUCAAUGUUUCCACUUCUAGAGACCUGCGAAGGGCUUGUGAAGGUGAACCUUAGUGGCUGCAUAAAUUUGACCGAUGAAACUGUUUCAACCUUGGUUAGGCUGCACGGAGGAACGAUCGAAGUUCUUAAUCUUGAUGGUUGCAGAAAGAUAACUGAUGCAAGUUUGGUAGCCAUUGCAGAUGCAUGCUUGUUACUAAAUGAACUAGAUGCUUCGAAGUGUGCAGUCACUGAUGCCGGGCUUGCAGUUCUUUCAUCUUCAGAGCAGAUAAAUUUACAAGUUCUUUCCUUGUCAGGUUGUUCUGAAGUAUCAAACAAGAGCUUGCCUUUCCUGGAAAGAUUGGGAAAAUCACUCGUCGGUUUGAAUCUCAAAAACUGCCACUCAAUCAGCAGUGGCACAGUUGGGACAAUCGUCGAGAACUUGUGGAGGUGUGACAUUCUCGUCUAACCAUGGAUAGUCAAUGCUCAGCAAUGUAGUUAUAAAAAUACGAGUAGAUAUCGACAAGUUCCAAGUUACACUAUAGGUACAUCAAGUUUAUAUGAUAUUUUUCACACAGAUAGCAACAUUCAGCAAACUCUUCUCCAUAAACAGCGGGCUUCCCGGCAGCAUAUUCUUUCCAUGGCUUGGUUGUUUUAGGGAACUAUGGCCAAUUACCUUCAUUUUUUGCAAGCUUUCUUUGCUUGUUCGACUGUUUUGGGUCUCCUUAAUUUGAUGGGAGACUUCCUCUUUGAUGGCCAUGGCUCCCUAAGAAAUACAAUUACCAAGUCUCAGUUAAGAUUUGCCUGUCUUUGUACUCCCACUUGUCUACCUAAUGGUUUUGUCAAGCUGAAUGUUCUAUAAUUAGAUGUUUUAGCUUACAGAUUCAUUUCUUCAAUGCAUCUGCCUUUUAAGCUUUCGAUAUAUAUAUACCAAGUCUUUUAUCUCUGUUGUGUUUUGUAAUAGUCUUACUUGGUUUUUCAUCAUUCCGUAAAAUGUCGUUGUUCUUGUUCGGUCGCUGUCUUUCGUGUUUGUUUGCAUAUGUUAUGUUUUGCUUCCAGUCGAUGUUAAAUGUCGAUAUCUGUUGAAUCGUGAGCUUCGGCAUUGGUAUUCUGUUUGUUCGGUCAACCUAUGUAUAAUGGUUGUAUUUUUUCGGAAGCCAAUAGUCGUUUACGGUUUAAUAUGUGUACCCUGUAACUUAUGUGUUUACUGAAUAAAUGACAAGAGAUCUUCCUCUUUGUUUCCUAAA